AACGGAUUGUGUAAUGUAAAGUUAUUUUUGACGUAUCAAUGACUAACAUUUUCCAUUAUACUCAUAAUUCGUGACUCAAAAAUAAUGUAUAAAGUGUUUGAUAAAAUUAUUGUUGUACUAAAUUUUGUUGAAGGUGAAUCCUCAGUUGGUAAGACAAAUAACGCCAUCCGACGUCUUGUCUGCGAGACGUCAUAAAAAGACAACGAAAGUGUAGAGCAUGUCGGGUCGAGAGCUGUUUGUGUGCGUGUGUUUGAUGUUUUGAUGGUGUCCCACCCAGUAUAGUAGUAAGGUUGGUAAGGUGUUGAUGUGUUGAUGCUGAGAGUUAAAAAAAGGGAACAGAAGAAAAUGAGGUUAACCUGAAGACUGUAAAUUAAAAGAGAUCAAGAAAACGGUGAGGGCAACGGAAGUGUAAAAAAUCAGGUGGAUAUACAGUAGUGAUAUAUAUAUAUAUAACUGCUGAGAAUAGAAAGGGUGUGGGGCGCGGUGUUGGGGCGCCAGGUUAAAUGUUGAUACUGAAGGGUGAAAAAUCUGAGGACUCGCCGUCGUCGCAGCAGCAGCAGCAGCAAGCGUCGGCGACGUCGUCAUCAGCGGUAGGAGCAACAGCAGCCCCCCCGUCGACGACGCUACUGGUUAGUUCACUCGGGAUGUCAGGUGAUCCUCGAACGGGUAUUCGUUACCCCUCGGAAUAUGUUAAGCUCAACAUUGGUGGUUCUUUGCAUUACACGACUAUCAGUACUCUUCGUAAACAUGACACCAUGCUACGUGCUAUGUUUGGUGGACGGAUGGAAGUACUAACGGAUUCGGAAGGCUGGAUACUGAUUGAUCGUUGCGGCAAACACUUUGGCACCAUAUUGAAUUUUUUGAGGGAUGGUUCGGUCCCUCUCCCGGAGAGCGCUAAAGAAACUGGUGAACUGCUGGCCGAGGCUAAAUACUAUUGUAUAGCUGAACUGAUUAAAUCUUGUGAGCAAGCCCUAUUGCGCAAAGAAAGAGAAGCCGAGCCCAUUUGUAAAGUUGCACUCAUUACCUCUCAGCGAGAAGAGCAAUUAUUAUUAGCCGAUACUACAAAACCAGUGGUUAAACUUCUUAUUAAUCGACACAACAACAAAUAUUCUUAUACCGGGACUUCCGACGAUAACUUGCUGAAAAAUAUUGAGCUCUUUGAUAAAAUGUCACUCAGAUUUAACGGUAGAGUUUUAUUCAUCAAGGACGUAAUAGGUUCGAGUGAAAUAUGUUGUUGGACUUUUUAUGGACACGGUCGAAAAGUUGGAGAAGUCUGUUGUCAUUCCAUAGUUUAUGCAACUGACAAAAAACACACAAAGGUUGAGUUUCCCGAAGCACGAAUAUAUGAGGAAACUCUCAAUAUAUUGCUGUACGAACAUAGAAACGGACCUGAUCAGGAACUUAUGCAGGCAACAUCGUCUAGAGGCGCAGUUGGAGGAAGCAAUAGCGGACCCCCCUGCACCUCUGAUGAGGAAGAAGGUGAACGGGCUAGCCUAGCUCGGCUCCGCUCCAACAAACAAAAUACCAACUGACCCCAUCUAAUCACUAAUGCCCUUGCCGCUUCUUCAUUCCGUUGGACUUCCCUCAACAUUGUUCGUUCACUCGCCUCUCCAAGAUCCCACAUUUCAUAAAAUUAAGAUAUUAUAAAUAAAUAAAACAUAUCGACUGAAAAUAA